AUGAUGCGACUGGAAUAUCAGACCCAUCGAGUGAAGUUUGGAUUUGGUAGGACAAACCGCGCGGAGCUCUUCGAAGAAUUCGCCCGAUACAACGCACGGUUGAGAGAACUGCUCGAUACGAGUGACCAGUCAGCAGCACUCAAGCAGUCCCGCCAACAAAUUAGGAACUCAGCCGUCAAGAAAAUACUGUGGAAAAUCUGGCGGCAUGCUGCAAGUCUUCACGACCUCUUGGGUCAGGCUUGGUGCUGUCAAUGCAAGCAUUUGCAUCGCGCUUGUCUACUCUUACACCAUGAGACAAAUGUGAAGCGUAUCGAGUUUAGUAUCUGCUUCCUAUACGCUCCGAACCUGGUCGCUGAUCGUUGCCCAUGGAGAUGGAAAGAGGUGAAUGCCCAGCAUAUCAACCACGACAUCUCAGAAUCAAACAUGUCCUUAGAGGUAUUUCAGAACUUUAUGCCACAAUCACCGGUUCCAAAACCGCCUUCUAAAUCUUCAAUGCGGGAUCCAAACCUUUCAACACUACCUUCUCGUCCGAGAGUCAGCUGGACCAACACACCGCCUCCCGUAGUGGACUCGACACCACGAGCCACGGGGCCCACAGUGAUUACUGACCUGUGCUCCACUAUAGCUUCCUGUGAUCCUGCUAGUAAUAUCUUUGGACUCCUAGAAGGCGACGAGGACUCAUAUAUCCUUCAGCGAGGAGCGAAGACGAAACCGCCCGGACAAGCAUAUCAAACGGUGUCUCUCGAGAGCCUGUUGAACAGAAGCUCUGGUUUUCUAUUGGACCACGUCGUCGGCAAGACCAGUCAGUCACUCUCCUCACUUCAUCACUUGGGCCCCUCGCCGACCGAAGAAAACGCACUCACCGUCACCGUCGCCGUCCCCGGCGCCGGCAAAGGCGGUCUCGGCGCGCAGACCCGCCCCGCCCUCCCAUCUUCUCCUCGCCUCGCCGCCCGCACGGAAUCCAAGAUCGCGCCCGUGGUCGAGUCGAUCAGAAAAUUUUCAUUUCGGCACCGAUGCGCGAAUUGUGGAACUCGAUCGCAAUGA